AUGCUGCCGGCUGACCUAUUCUUUGCCACUGGCAUGAGCACCUCAGACCAUGAAUUCUACUGGAAGCAGCUGGUCUUCUCCAUCGUGAUAACUGGUGUCCUGGCCUGUGUUCCACAGAGCUCCCUGGACACUCACUCUACCCUGCCCCAGUGGACUCAGAGGCUACACCUAGAAUGCUUUGACUGGUGGAGUGCUUGCCUGGCCAGCACUCCAUGUUCUGUCCUAUGGAACAGCUGUGUGCCCCUAUGCUCUCGAUUUCCAGCAGCAACUGGAAAGGGGAAAAACAUCCUGACAGUAUAUAUUCAGACACACACAGUCAGCAUCAUGAAGCUCUGGACACCUCAACUCAUGGCAUUCCUCUGUAUGGAGCUACUCUCUGUGCUGGGAGUGAUGAAGGAAAAAUACAGCUGGGAUGAAAUGUUCAUUGAGGAGUGCUGGGGAGAGCCAAGUGUCAUUGAAUGUACCAAGAAGUGCUCUAGAGCCCUUAAAUGUACAAACAAAAAUUACACAUGCUGCUGGACCUAUUGUGGAAACAUCUGUUGGAAAAAUAAAGGUGUUUGGGGCAUGGCCAAGCACUGGGAAGAUGCUUGCAGAGUCAGGCUAUGUGAGGAAGCACCAAGUCAGAGCUCCUGCAGAGCAUGCUCUCACCGCCCACCUGUGUCUGAUGAUGUCUGUGCUACUGGUUGA